AUGAAAUCAACAGGUCGCCUUUAUCAAAUAAAGAAGGCCUUAGCAUCAAGAGAAGUUCUUUUGGAGCUUUCGUUGUUGGUUAUCGUUUAUGUUUCGAUUGCGAUGCCCUUCUUCAACAAAUGUCGCAAUAAAAAUGGAAUCACCUACGCUGAUGGAAAGAAAGCAUUCGAAGGAGUCUUGGCGGCUAUCGACGAUCCACUUCGCAUUCCAGAAAACGCGUACAACAGACUUUGGCAUCGAAGUCGAAACACUCGCCUUGAAGAAAAUGAAGAAAUCGCCUUUGGAUGCAUUGAAGAUGAACUUGUCACAAAGAUUAUGCAUACAAAGGCAUUUCCAGCGAUGACGAAAAGAAUCAACACGCUCACAGUAACGAUAUUGACCGAGAUGAGACGACAAUUUAAAAAGGACAACGACCUUUUUUUGGAGAUAAACUUCAAAGAAGAUGAAAAGAUGGUCAUGAGCAAUCAUCAGCUCGAAAGUGUUUUUGGUGAGCUGAAAUACGCUUUGACAAAAACGCAGAAUUGCGAUGGAGAAAGAAUCAAUCAAGUUGUCUGCGCAAAGACAAAUUCACUGAUUGCUUGGCUUAGAAAAUUGGGUAAAGAAAAGAGAGACAAACUUUGGAGUGAAGCAAGAAAAAAACGAAAAAGAAUAACGGAUGAAAUAAGAGAUGGAAAGAAAAAAGCUAAACGACAAAGACUUGAAGAUGCUCGAAGAUAA